UUGAGAUUAAUUUUCACAAAUUUUAAAUUUAUUUUAAAAAAUAUUUAAAUUUAGGAUUUUUUCAAUGAAAUCAAAUAAAAAAGAAAAAAAACAUAUUAAAACUAAAUGUGUGUCAAGGGAUCUGUCGAAUAUUAGUUUGCCUCAAAAUGUAUCUAAGAAUAAUAAGGAAUUCGAUAAUCUUUCAUCAUAUUCUCGCAUGUUAGAAAAAACGCAUGGUUUUCACAUUUACAACUGGAUGAAACGGAAUUCUACAGGCCAGCCUCUAAAUAGUCCACGUAAUUCAAGUGGUUCUGAUAUGUCUUUUGAUUUGCCUUUUUCAGGGAAUAAUUUUCAUUUUCCUAUAUCUCAGUCGCUUAAUGAUUUUAAUAUAACAUUGAGCAAUAGAGAAGUUGCUUCUAAUACAUUAGAGAUGUUUUUGAGAAAGCAUGUUCCCGUGCAAAAGGAUAAUCAUGAUAUAUUUUUGAAAAAAAAAUCAGUGCAAUAUACUGAGUUAAAUAAUCAAAAUAAGCAUAUAGAAUCACUAACGAACAAAACUAAACAUAAAGGGUGGAUGACAAGGAGGAUGGAAACAGAUCGAAAAUUUUCUGGGUUUUCAAAGUCACAUAGUAGUUGGAAAUUGUAUAUGACAGUUUUAUCUGGAUCGAAAUUAUAUUUUUAUAUACCCUCUCAAGAAGCAUAUGUAAUGGCGCUUGAAAGUUCACAUUCCCCUUUGAAUUCUUCAAAGAAUAGUGCUUUAAUAGAAUAUACCUUUUCUCCAUCAGAGUUUGAUUUGAAUGUUAGAUCUAUUUUAUAUGAUGCAAAUAAUUUACAGAGAUAUUUUUUUGGAACUGUUUUAACUGAGUUUGGGAGUUAUCUUCAAGGUUUUGAAAGAAAUAUGAAUAGUAUAUUUUUGUCAGCAAAUGCUAUUAUAUUAUGUUAUCGUGGAACAUCUCUUACAAAUAAUGAUCAGGGUCUUCCUUAUAAUUUAAAUAUAUGUGACAUUGAUUUGAAAAAUUUAUGGAAGCUUGAUAUUGUUUAUAAUAUAUAUGAUAUAAAAAUUUCAUUUAGUUUGUUAAAAGAUCAGGAGUCUAAUCUUUCUAAAAUUUAUGAUAAAAAUGUUUAUCUUAUGGUUAUUAGCAAUCAGAAAUUUUUAAGACGAUUUAUUUUGUCCAAAAAACAAGUUUUGUCUUUUUUACACAAAUAUAUAUUAUUAUUGGAAACAUUAAAGAAAAAAGUUGAGUUUUCUGUUUUAGAAAAUACAUUACCAAUGAAGCUUGAUUAUGAAUUACCUUCGUCUAUUAUGGAUGCUACUGAAGAUAUCUUGUUUGAUUCUGAUGGAACUUUAAAGGGUGUAGCAAUCAAAGAAAUGUUAAAAAUUAUGUUAGGAGCUACUAAUGUAAAAACAAGUUUAGAUGUUCUUGAUUUGUUUUCUACUACUGUAGGUUUUUGGGGCUCUUUUGAAAUAAUAUUAAAAACUGCGUUAUCUAUUGUUUCAGAAAUACCAGAAAACUUUACUUCUAAUAUUGAAAAAAUGAUUAAUAUAUGGUGUGAUAGAUGUUGUAGUCUAUUUCAAGAUGACGUAUUUGUUAAUUAUAUUGAAGAGUUAAUAAAAAAUGGUGUUGAUUCUAGAAAUAUUGUUUUAGGUGAAAUUUUAAAAAAUAAAGUCAAAAAUACAGUACUUACUGUAAGGGAAAAUUUGUUUAAUUUAAUAACUAUAGAUAUAUCUGCUUAUAUGGUUUAUGACGAUACCUCAGAAUCUGGUUUAUUUACAAAUGUUAUUUUAGAGAUACCACCUGAAGUAUUUUCUCGUGAAUUAUAUUGUUUUCAUAAGUAUUGUCUUAAUAUAUGGGAUCCAUCAUCAGAUUUAUCAUUAUUUUUUAAUAAAACAUUAUUUAAUUUGAUUAGAAAUCCUUUGGUUUUUGGACCUUAUAACAUACAUUUUGUUACUAGACUCAUUUUCGAUCAGCUUUUAAGGACAAAUGAUAAAAUGUCACCUGAAUUUCGGGCAAGGAUAUGCACAUAUUGGAUAUCAGUUUCUAUGCAUUUAAAAAAUUACGGAGAUAUGGCAGGUUGGCUUUCUAUUAUUAUUGCUUUAUGUUCUCCCUCAAUAGUUCGUUUAAAAAAAUUAUGGUCAUUAGUUAGUUCGGACUUAAGAAGUUUUAUAGAUAAUUGUGCCCCUAUUAUGAAUCAUUUGCAAAUAUGUAGUCUUUAUAUUGACGAUGAAGUUAUAACUAUACCUGAUAUUUUAAUUCUUUGUAAUCAGUAUAAUUUUGAAAUCUCUACUUUAACUAUACCAUAUUAUGGAGAAGUUUUAAAUUGUAUUGAAACUUCAAAGUUUUUUUUAAAUUUUUAUAAUAAAAUAGUAGAUGUCAAAUUAUGUAAUGAUGUAUUUGUUUCAGUAAAAAAAAAAUUAGAAAAUUGGAAAAAUACAAUAUCUACUAACAAAACAUUAUAUAAUUAUAAUGAUAAAGACAGGAACACUCGAUUGCAAGAAAUAUUUAAACAGCUUAAUUGUAUCAAAAGUAAUCCACAAUCUAUAUUUUCUGACAUUUUCUUUAAAAAAUCAAUUAAAUGUGAACCGUUGCAUCGUGGCUUGUAUUUGCAACGUGACUAUCCUCAAAAUAUGCAUAUCAAAAUUAAUGUUUUCGCUUCACUAAUAUUUAAUUAUAUAUAUAUUUCAUAUAAUUUACUUGACUUUAAGGAUUUAUUCGAAGUUUAUAAAAAUCAGAAUACAAGUAUUAAUAUAAAAAAUCGGUCUAGUAUAAAAGACUCUUUUUCUCAUGACACGUCUUUUCAGGUAUCUAAUCCGAAGGAUAUAUAUAAACAUUGGAGAAGAAAUUCUUUUCCGUUCAAUAAAUAUUCUAUAUUUACUACACAUAAUCGUACUCCUGAUAGUAAGCCUCAACAUAAAGUAGUAAAUUCAAAAAAUAAAGUUCCUGUGAUGUUCCAGAAUGUUCGAGAUAUUCUUGAAGCUAAUCAAACAUUGUUUUAUUAUACUGAUGGUCAGUUGAUUUUACGGUCUACGUAUAAUAUUUCAAAAAAAAUAAAACCAGGGGGUCGUAUUAAGAUUUCUAAGAAUGGUAAUAACAUGUCUAAAAUCUCUGAGAAUGAAAAGUUGGAUAAUAGAGCGGAAUCUGCUCAAAAGAUGCUAUGUCAAGUUGUCGUUAAAGCAGGAUCUCUUGAUCGUCUUGUAGAUGUUCUUGUUUUAGGGAUAGAUGAUUUUAGUGGGCGUUUAAUCCACGAGCCAGGUGAUAUACAGGUUGAUCUUUAUAUAAAUCUAGAAAGAUUUCGUUUAACUUUUUUUUCUACAUUUCGUUCAUUUUGUGCGCCUUCUACUCUUCUUGAAUAUUUUCGGAAGCGUUUAAUUGGUUCUAAAACUGUUGCAUCGCAAAUUGGAGUUGAUAUGAAAGUUUCUGAAUAUGUGAAGAAUAAUGAGACGUUCCCGGACUGGAAUUUGUUAAACGUUAAUAAUAACUUACUUAAUUACGAUUUUUAUUUAAAAAUACAUGUUGGUGUCUUAAAAUGCAUGGUAUUAUGGCUUAGUAAUUAUUUCUGUGAUUUUAUUGAUAAUUUGGAUGCAUUAAAUGGAUUUUACUCUUUUUGUAAAUCAGCUAAUGAUCAGUUGCAAAGUUGGAAAGAAAUAGUAUUAGCAAAGAAUGAAUUAGAGCAACAUAUGACUCAAUAUCUUGAUCUUUUUAAAAAAGUUACUGAUUUAUUUAUUAAGUCUUCGUAUCGACCACAAACAGAAUUAUUGCAUAUUGUACCUAUCAAUAUAUUAAAAGAAAUUGAUGUUUCUGGGUCAUAUAGUGAUGAAGGGGUUUUAGAUUUAGCCUAUACUCUUGAUAAAUUAGCUGCAAGCUUAUUUACUAAAUUAAAAUUAGAAGAUUGGAUAUAUUGCUCUGAGCUUCUUGAAAUCCAAUCUAGAGACAUAAAUUCAUUUUUUGAAUUUCAACAGUCAAUAUCUCUUGAGAAUGAUUAUAUGUUACACGAUAUAUAUAGUUUAUUGAGUCAAAUUCGUAGAACUCAGACUCAUGAUUUAUUAAUAAACGUGUUACCUCUUCCAAUAAAACAGUUAUUUAAAUUGAGGCAUAGCAUUAUUGAAUGGGUUGUUAGUCAGGUUACAGAUAUUAAUAUUGAUUGCUCUACUAGAACUGAUCGGAUAUUAUUAUAUCUUCGAUUGUUAAGUGUUUAUCAGUUAACAGGUGCUCGCUUAGACUUUUUUUUUGGGCCUUUUGAUGGAAUUAAUUGGGCCAGAAAUAAAUAUCUAUUACCUUCGUUUGUUGGAAAUGCUAUUGCUACUGCUUUGGUUCGUUCUGAAUCUAGAUUGUUUACAUAUGCUUGGUCUAUUAUAGCAUCAAAACGGGGUUUAAAUGGCCAGGUUGAAGAUCUUGUUUCUGUUAUUCCUCAAGUGACAAUUAAUAAAUCAUGCUCAUUUACUCCAUGUAUUGGUUGGGUUUUUGAGCAUUUACUAAAAAUUGUAUUUUAUAUUCCAAAUGUGGUUGGAAAUUCUCAGCAUAUAAAUUUUAUUAAACAAAUAUUUAUUUAUGAUUUUAUUUUGCAUAUAAUUAAUACAAGUAAUUCCAUGACAUUGAAGACUGAUCAGAAAGAGGAAUGUAAUGAUACAAGUGAUUCGAUUCUUAAUAUUCAAGUUCAUGACAUAAGGACUCUUGAAAUGGUUUCAGAAAAUGAGAAUUAUCCUCUGCGAUUUAGCAAUAUAGAGAAACCUUUCCAAAGUUUAAUACAGAAGAAAAUGACAAUGAUUGAGAAAAAUCAAAAGCACUACGAAGAUAUAAAGAAAUAUUUUAGAGGAAUUGAGAAAGAUGAUGAACAAAAGAACAUAAAUAACAAACAAGUUCAUAAAGAAGUUUGUAGAAAGGUGUUAUCUAAAACAAAGAAUAAAAGUACUAAUCUUUUGAAAUCGGCUUUACCUAUUGUUUCAGCUUUUACAAAUAAUUUUAGUUCAGACAAAAUCUCUAACAUAUCUACAGUGUUAUCUCCAGAAUUGUCUUCUGGUUUUUCUACAACACCUGCGCCUAAACCUUCUGAUAUUGUUGAUUUGAUUGAUUCAUCUGUAAGCAGUUUAGAAAUCUCAAAAUCUGAAUAUAUGUUUAAGAUUAAAUCAAAAAAUGGUAUGAAAAUGCUGCUUCGUGCACCAUCACCAAACGAGCAUAAAAUAUGGUAUCAAAAAUUUAAAGAUUUAUCUAUUAUCACUAUUACUAGGAAAAAAAAUGUUUUAACAAAAAAUAUGCCUGCUGAGUUAGCAAAUGCAAUAGCAGCUAAAAAGGCUUCUGCUAAUCUAAAUUCUAAUGCAUGUUAUGGUGUGGAUUUGGCGAUUUUAUGUUCUCGAGAAAAUAAUAGUAUUCCUAAAAUUUUAAAUGAUUUAAUUAAUGAGAUUGAGAGCAGAGGUCUUGAUGAAGUGGGAAUUUACCGGGUUCCUGGAUCUAUUGUUAGCGUAAAUGCAUUGAAAGCACUACUUAAUUCAGGGGAAGCUGUAAAUUUAAAAGAUGAUCGUUGGGCUGAUGUUAAUAUUAUUGCUGGUGCACUUAAAUUAUGGCUACGUGAGCUUCCAGAACCUUUGAUGACAUAUAAAUUAUAUCCUCAAUUUAUUGAUCUUUCCGAUAUUCCUGAUUACCAUAAAAGAAUCACUGUCCUUAAAGAGCUUAUUCAAAAACUCCCUCUUUAUAAUUAUUUUUUAAUUAAGCGACUUGUUGAACAUUUUGAAAAGUAGUUUGUUCCUUUUUUAUUAUAGUUAUCUAAUUUGUUUUUUCU